AUGGGGAAAGUCUGUGGCUUAUCGUGCAGAGUAGGUUUUGGGUAUAUGCUGCGCCGUUUAGUCGCCGUUUUCAAGUGGUAUUUUUUCUGCAUUGCAGAUCAAUCAAUGCAUCUUAUGUCCGAUGCAAAAAUGUUCCCGGUUGCCAAUGGCAUGAUUGCAUCCUUGGUUGUUGCCAUUGUUGUUAUUGUUGGGAAGGAUGAAGAUAGUGACCUGAAGGAAACAGAAGAUAAUGAAAAAAGUUAA